GCGCAGAGAGAGAGAGUGUGUGGGAGCAGCAUGCAGCAGAUCUACAGACAGAGCAACCAAGAGUUUGAAGUUUUUACCACCGUCUUCUCCCCACAAGUGUCCCGGGCCAGGACGAGGACUCGACAUGUGGAGACAGAGGUGUUGGUGGUGAAGCAGCACCGGUCCCGCUGGCAGAGGGAGCUGGACCUGGACCCGGGAGACCUGAUCCAGGUUCUGGUUCAGGAGGACGAGGCCUGGUGGUUCGGACGGCUCGCCAACGGAGACGAGGGCUACUUCCUGCGCAUGCGUCCAAACGCUGCAGGAGAGGCGGCGCAUCAGCGCCUUCACCGGGCCGCCCGGCGCCGGCUGUAACCCGUCCAGAGCCACACCCACGCUGGUGAGGAGGGGGUCGGUACCGGUCGCCGUGACGACAGCAGGCGCCCAAUGUGGCUGCACCAGCGGUCUCAGCACUCCGAAGCUGCUGAGGAAGAACAGCAUCCUGCGUCCGCUGGGACUCGAUGGGUCCCCGGUGGCGUCCGGGCCCCCCAGCUCCCCCAGCCUCCUCCACCGAGUCCUGGCCAAGUCCCGGAGGAAGAGCUGCCCCCACCUCCCCCACCCCCCUCCCCCGGAGAACGGCUCUGUCAACACAGCCUUCCUGCCGGACUAGACUGAAGACUAGGGUUGGGCAUCGUUUGGAUUUUAAUGAUUCUGAUUCCAAUUCUUCCUUCUGAUUCCGGUUCUCAUCGAUUCUUGAUUCAGAUUCUUUGAUGGUGGAGUUGAAACGGGUCACAUGCCUAUUUUCACAAAUAAGAGGAAAGUUUUAUUUUUAUUCAAAGGGUGGGUUGCAGUUUGACGGGGCUUUUUCAAUGUAAAAUAAAGCCCCACUAGAGCACCGCUUACUGUGCUCCAUGGCUGCAACACAACAAGCGCCUAGUCGCUAUGGAAACCCAAACUUGCGCAUAUUAAAUUGGGAACCCGUGAUCAGAUCUGAAACCAAAUCCUCCAAACGAUUCCAAUAAAGAAACGAUUCUGUUCGAUGGAAUCGGUUCUCGAUGCCCAACCCUACUGAAGACCGCGCAGCUCUGUGGCCGGUUAGCUCAGUCGGUAGAGCGGGCGCACAUGUGCAGAGGCUCGUUCCUCGACACAGAAGGUCCAAGGGUUUGAAUCCGACCUGUGACGGUCCCCCCCCCCCCCUUUCAUGUCUCAGCUUUCCUGUCCAAUAAAGACAGAAAUAAAAGUAGGGCUGCACAAUAUAUCGUUUGUUCAUCGUUAUCGCAAUAAUCAAAAGGCGCAAUUUACACAUCGCGUAAGGCUGCGAUAAAUCCAAUAUACACUCAUAGAUUUUUGUGUCAAUUGAAAGAAAAUUUCGGUAGAAAAAUGCACUUUUAAAAGAAACGGGCAUUCUGUUUUUGGUGGGGCACCGCUAAACAGCUGCAAGUCCAACAAAUCCUGAGUUUGAAUUGCCUGCGGUUACAUAAGAUAACAACAGCAAUAGCAACUGGCGCAAUGAACACAAUGUGAAAGACACCAAAGAAAAGAUCAGCUUUAAAAUGUAAAUGUCAUUCUUUCUCUAGUGCUGCCUUUUAUAUUCAAUUCAAUGUUUGUUCAACAGGCAAGGCAGCUUUAUUUGUAGAGCACAUUUCAGCAACCGGGCAAUUAAAAGUGCUUUACAUAAAAACAAUUAACUACUAGAUUAAUUACUAGAUUAAUUAAAAACUAGAAUAAAAGUUACAGUGCAGUAUAAGAAAUUAAACAUUAAAGCGCAGUUAAAAACAGGUAAACAUAUAAAAGCAGAUAGAAUACGAGAUUUUAGGCUGCUACUAUGGGACAAUGUAUAAGCCGUUGCUCUAUACACGUAAUAAAAAAUGUUAAAUGAUUUCAUUUCGUUAGUUAUAAAUUCAACAAGCAGUUUGUUGAAUUUUGUCUGAAAGCAGCAGACGUAAAAAUAUCCCCCUUUCUAAGUAGUCUACCGUCAGCUAGCUACUCUCUCUGUAGUCUACCGUUAGCUAGCUAGUCUACCGUUAGCUAGCUACUCUCUCUGUAGUCUACCGUUAGCUAGCUAGUCUACC